CUUUACUUCUCUUUUUCCCCUUUCUUUCUUUGUUUGUUUAUCGUCAUAUACUUUCCUUAACGACAACAGCAACAACAGCGGCACGAUCACAUCAGUUUUAAUAACAUUACCAUUAUGGCAACGUCGAAGCAAGAAUACGGAGCCACCUUUUUAACAUUCGUCGCUUUGCUGUUAGAGGUUUUCGUUCUCAUCAGCGGCUCAGGCAACGCACCUGUGUUGCGUGAUCUCUUUUUCGCCAAGGUCGAAUGGAACGGCAGAUUCACUCGUAUGGGCUUAUGGGGAAGCUGCUAUGGUGAAAUCGGCAGCGGAGUCGAUGAAUGCAGUGUGCCAUCUGUUCCUUUCAAGUGGACCGAAGCUGAAGGCCUUGGUAUUCAACUCUCGGUGGAUUUGCCUGACACCAUGUACCUCGCUUUGUUCAUCUUGUACUGGAUCGCCUUCUUGGCCACCGCAUUGGCCAUGCAAGCCACGCUCUUCACCUUCUUCAAACGUCUUCCUGAGUUCAUCCUGAUGAUCGUCUCGUUGAUGGCCACGGGAGCCUUAUUCAUUAUUUUUAUAAUUAUUGUCGUUGCUGCUGCCAAGCUCCAGAAUGCGGCUACGGGAGAAGAAAUCUCGGGUCAAAUUGGCAAUGCAACAUGGCUGGUGCUGGGCGCUAUGAUUGCAUCUGCUCUUGCAACAAUGUGGUACACCUUUAAUUGCUUGUGUCGACGUAGAAGAACCACCGCUUUCGAUAAUUUGAAGGCUUAAAUCCUUCUCAACACCACAUACAAAAACUUCUCCUUUCUAUUUUAUUUUACCUGUUGCUGUAUAUAUAAUAUAUCCCCCCACCAUCACUCAUCUUCCGUACUUUUUACUCUUUUUUCUUGCG